AUGUGCGGUCCAGGUGACCGAUCGCCAGCACUACUGGCCGUUGCUGACACAGACGUCGCUACCGUCGCGACGGUCGACGUCCCUAUCAAAUCCGUGCAUCCAAUUCUAGGAAACACCAACCAUCCGCGCACUGUGCUACCUCGAAGUAGAGCUAAAAAGUUUUUCAAACCACUUGGAGCGUGCGAAAUAAUGAACGAACACUCGCCGGUGCAACUGUGUAACGCCAACGCCUCGGUCAUGGUAGAAAAUGGAAAAUUAUAUAACUUUUCCGCGUGUUUCAUCCGUUUCGCUCAGCUGUAUAGAGGAAUAGUUGAGUUUCCCCAGUGCGGAGGUGACCACGCGUUGGUUGUAGAGCUUUGUCGCACAUCAGAAGAGAAUGAAAACAGCGGUCCCCUGUUACCCACUUCUUGCGUGCUGGAGAGAGUAGCAGAUGCGCUGAAGAUUAGUCCGCGCAGUGUUAAACAACAAUUCAAAUUAAUCACCACAAAAGUUAAGGGACAUGAACAGUGUACAGCUCAACAACUGAUGAGCUGUGCCAAACCUUUGUCUCUUCUCACAGACUCGGGUCUCACUUUCGUCUCCAGCAAGGCAGAUCUAGACAAAAUUUGUCCUUUUCAGUCUUCCGAUCUGGAUAAUUUUCCAACCAUAAGCACUACAUGUUUUUUCGGCAAAAAGAAGGCACCGACCGUAAUUCCCAUAGAUCCGCAUAUUCCCGAUGUCUCAGACGACGAUUUCGGUGACGGAGAAAAUAUUUCCCAAACAAAUGAGCUUAACGAUGAAGAAGAACUGCCUUCAGGACUUGACAUGCUGGUUCCAGAAAGUAAUUAUGAAUUCGAAGAAAGUGACGAUGAAACUGAGCCGCCACCACCACAAAGACGAAAAACUGAAUAA